AGAAUACUCACAGGACCAGGAAGUUUGCUCGAAAUUGAAACUCGAGUCAUUAACGGGAGGGUCCUGAAAGUAUGGAAGAAUCUCUGGCCAUCCUUGCGGCACCUCUUUUUGCACUCGACCAAAAAGCACGCCGACAAAGUCUAUAUAGUAUACGAGAAAGAGCGCCACACCUACCAGGAGAUAUUAGAGAAGGCUGUCAAAUGUUCCGCCAUUUUGAGAGAUGUUUACGGUAUUAAGAAAGGGGAUCGAGUAACCAUCUGCUCUCGAAAUUGUCCGACUUACUUGAUCGUGUUUUGGGCUUGCCAUAUCCUGGGUGCCGUCACCGCUCUUGUGAACAUGUGGCUGCCAUUGGAGCCGCUCCGGCACUGUAUAACGCUUACAAAAUGCUCACUGAUCAUCCUCGACACCGAGCGAGCUGACAUGAUCGAACCGAUUGGUGCUGAGCUUAGGCUCGCAUGUGGUGCGUCAAGAUGUCUCGUCCUCGAGGAUCACGAGGGGAAAGGUCAUUGGGAAGGUAUGGACGUUUGGAGUAGAGUCUUCUCCGAAUACGAUGGAGAUAUUGGCUCGGUGCUUCAGGACGAUCCUCAAAUUUCACCUGAAGAUAACGCAAUGAUUAUCUUUACGUCGGGGACCACUGGCUUACCAAAGGGUGUCUUGAGCACACAUCGUGCAUUCUUGACUACGUUAUUUGAUGUAUGUCCUCUUUUCUGGAGAGACCGCCUUCGACGAGGCGAACCACUCCUUCAGGCACCCAGUGCAGGUCCUCAGGAAGGUUUCCUGUUUCCAGGGAUGUUGUCACAGGCUUCUUUCAUCCUCGCGAUUGUAAGACUGGCAGCCGACAUGGUAACGAACCAAUAUUCACCCAUUUUCAGAUGCACUGUGCUGUUCAAGGAUUCAAGUUUUUCACCUUUAACCAUUAGAGAGCUCGCUGAGAGCGCGAUAUGCAAAACUUCGAUAAAAAGCAUAUCAUAUGGAGGUACCCCCCUGCGUCCCAGUCGGUCCAAUAGCCGGCACUUAUUCGGGUUAUCUUGUAGCUUUCAAGUAUAUGGUCUAACCGAGACGAAUGCCGCCGCGGUAGGCUUCGGUGGACCGGAUUACGAUGCGAGGCCAGAUAGCUGUGGUUUCGUGGCUUCUGUCAAUGAGAUUCUGAUAAUGAAAGAUGGUGCUAAAGCUGCGCCGGGAGUGGUGGGAGAGAUUUGGCUUCGCGGUCCAAAUGUGAUGAAAGGGUAUUACGGCGAUGAAGCUACUACUGAUAAGGUCCUUACUAAAGACGGAUGGCUGAUGACCGGUGAUCUUGGACGAAUUGAUGAAGAUGGUUAUGUUUACAUCACAGACAGGAUCAAGGAUAUCAUCAUCAGGGCUAGUUAUAACGUUGAUUCCGUUUUCGUCGAGAAUGCCCUGUACACCGAACCGGGGGUAUUGGAAGCGGCAGUAGUUGGCGUACCUGACGAGUAUGCGGGGGAAUUGCCUGUAGCAUUGGUGACCCUCAAGUCUGGGUAUAGUGGAUUAGUCGACGAGGAGAAACUCACGGCAACUGCCGAGAAACUGUUACCGAAAUAUGCUGUUCCGGUGAUGAUUAUUCUGUAUAAUCAUGGAUUUGAUCACACAGCUUCUGGGAAGAUUAUCAAAGGUCCGUUAAAGGUCAUAGCCCAGAGGGAGUGGGAAAGAGGUCGAGGAAAGAAUAGGCCAACCUUCAAGAUAUGA